AUGGCGCUCUACGGAUCCAGCAGGAAUGUCGACAUGGGGAAACAAGAAUCUGAACUCGCCAUCAACAUUCGCAAAGCAACAAGCAUCGAAGAGGUCUCACCGAAACGCAAGCAUGUUCGAGCAUGUAUCGUCUACACAUGGGACCAUAAGAGCUCCGCCUCGUUCUGGCAGGGCAUGAAAGUACAGCCAAUCCUUGCCGACGAGAUCCAGACAUUCAAGGCGCUCAUCACGGUACACAAAGUCCUUCAAGAAGGGCACCCCAUUGUUUUGAAGGAGGCGCAAUCCAACGUCAACUGGCUUGAGAGCCUGUCUCGCGGCUCCACAGACGGCGCGGGUGCACGAGGCUACCAGCCGCUCAUAUCAGAGUACAUCUACUACUUGAUGGCCAAGCUCGCGUUUCACCGCCAACACCCGGAGUUCAACGGAACCUUCGAGUAUGAGGAAUACAUCAGUCUCAAGUCCAUCAACGACCCCAAUGAGGGCUAUGAGACCAUCUCCGACCUCAUGACAUUGCAGGAUCAGAUCGACGCCUUCCAAAAGCUCAUCUUUUCACACUUCCGAAGCGGCGCCAACAACGAGUGCAGGAUCGCCGCGUUGGUCCCGUUGGUGCAGGAGAGCUACGGUAUCUACAAAUUCAUCACCAGCAUGCUGCGUGCUAUGCAUACCACACUGGGGGACGAUGAGGCGCUCUCGCCUCUCCGUGGCAGGUACGAUGCCCAGCACUACCGCCUCGUCAAGUUCUACUACGAAUGCUCGAACCUUCGAUACCUGACCAGCUUAAUCACGGUACCCAAGCUUCCUCAAGACCCACCAAACCUCCUUUCCGAGGACGAGUCAGCGCCAGCUCUGCCCGCGAGACCGAAAGAGCCUGCGCCCGCUCCACGCGCACCGUCGGUUGAUCCUGAGCCAAUCAAUGAGUUCUGGAAGAACGACCAGAAGCGACAGCAAGAGCAAUACGAGCAGGAGCAGCUGAGGCUACAGCAGCAAUGGGAGGACGCACAGCGCCAACAGCAACAACAGCAAAUGCAAGCGCAGAGAGAUUUCGAGGAGCAACAGCGGUUGCAAGCUGAGCAAGCACGUCUGGCGCAAGAGCAGCUGAUGCGCGACCAGUACCAGCAGCAGACACAGGGACGCCUUGCGGAGCUCGAGCGGGAAAACCUCAACGCGCGCGCGCAAUAUGAGCGCGACCAGCUAAUGCUGCAGCAGUACGACCAGAGGAUGAAGGCGCUUGAGGGAGAAAUUGCACAGAUGAAUCAGAACUUUUCUUCGCAGAUGGGCUCCCGGGACGAGCAGCUUCGGGCACUUCAAGAGCAGCUCAACACAUGGCGAUCGAAGUACGAGUCGUUGGCUAAGCUCUAUUCCCAAUUGCGACAUGAGCACUUGCAACUCCUGCAGAAGUUCAAGGCGGUCCAGCUCAAGGCGAACUCUGCGCAAGAAGCCAUUGAUACCCGCGACAAGCUGCAGCGGGAGCUCAAGACCAAGAACCUGGAGUUGGCCGACAUGAUUCGCGAGCGUGACCGCGCGAUGAUGGAAAAGGACCGCAGUUCUGGUGGGCACCGCGACGAGCUGGAGAAGCUCAAGCGUGAGCUCCGCACAGCUCUGGAUCGAGUCGACAACGCAGAGCGCGGCAAAGGAUCGGAGUUGUCAGCCAUGCUGUCAAGACACAACCGAGAGAUCGCUGAUCUGGAAGAGGCUCUCCGCAAUAAGACACGCCAGCUCGACGACCUGCAGAUGAAGCAUCGUGACGGAGAUUCGGAUCUGGAGCGCUUGCUACGCGAGAAGGAAGAGGAGCUGGAGAUCUUCCGCGCUGGUAUGGACCAAACAUUGCUCGAGCUAAACGAGCUCAAGCUGAAUGGCAACGUCAACGACGACGUCCUCGACGGACACCUAGACACUAUCAUGCAAGACAGUCUCCAGAAGAUCAACGAUAUCAUCGAUUCAGUCCUGCAAAGUGGAGUACAGCGUGUGGAUGAUGCCCUGUACGAACUCGACUCCUCUAUGCAGGCUGGUAACCAGAACGCCACCGGUCCCUACGUGCUCUCGCAGAUCGAGAAUGCGUCGACAAGUGCCAUGGAGUUCUCCACAGCCUUGAACAACUUCAUCGCAGAUGGGCAUAAUGCAAAGCACGCCGAGGUCAUCAAUGCAGUGAACACUUUUGCCGGCUCCAUCGUGGAUGUUCUUAUCAACACCAAGGGUCUCACUAGGUUCGCAUCAGACGAGAACAAAGCUGAUCAGCUGAUCAAUGGAGCGCGAGCUUCCGCGACUUCAACCAUCAGGUUCUUCCGCAACGUCCAGUCAGUACGGAUGUACGACCUCGACGAGGAGCAAAAGAUUGACGUCGUCAUCAACAACAGCUCCGACGUCGUUCGUAACUUGCAGAGUUUAUCUAAACUUGCGGACGCGUUUGCACCUAAGAGCAAAAUUAACACCAACGGAGAUCUUGGCGAGGUGGUUGACGAUGAGCUGACCAAAGCCGCCAAUGCUAUCCAAGCUGCUACUGAUCGUCUAGCGAAGCUGAAGAACAAGCCUCGGGACCAGUUCUCUACGUACGAGUUGAAAAUUCACGACUCCAUCCUCGAUGCAGCUAUUGCGGUUACGAACGCCAUCGCACAGCUCAUCAAGGCCGCGACAGCCUCGCAACAAGAGAUUGUCCGCGAAGGUCGGGGUAGCAUGUCCAAGACACAAUUCUACAAGAAACACAACCGCUGGACUGAGGGUCUCAUCAGCGCAGCCAAGGCUGUUGCGACAUCCACAAACAUGCUCAUCGAGACCGCCGAUGGUGUCAUCUCUGGCCGCAACUCCCCUGAGCAGCUUAUUGUUGCAUCCAACGACGUCGCUGCCUCGACUGCACAGCUUGUCGCUGCUAGCCGUGUCAAGGCCAGCUUCAUGAGCAAGACUCAAGAUAGGCUGGAGACGGCGUCUAAAGCUGUCACUGCUGCUUGCCGUGGCCUUGUUCGACAGGUACAGGAAAUCAUUGCACAGAAGAACAGGGACGAAGGUGAAGUUGUGGAUUACACCAAGUUGAGUGAUCAUGAGUUCAAGGUCAGGCAGAUGGAGCAGCAGGUCGAGAUCUUGCAGCUUGAGAACUCGCUCUCGCAAGCGCGAAUCAAACUUGGCGAAAUGCGCAAGCUGUCCUACCUCGAGGAAUAG